GGUGAGAUGGCAACAGCGUGUGCCACUCUAUAUUAUAUACUCAGCUCGGGCCCGAUCAUUGCUGUCCGAUCAGGAGCGGCGAGUCAGUCGUAGUGGCGACGUCCAUACGGUAGGACGUGCGUUGUCAUCCGAGCCGCAGUGGGUGAUUUCUCGGUAGCGGUUUAAAGUUGCACAUUGGCGUCCGUGACAGGUUUUGUCAUGGUUGUCAUUUUCCACCAUGGCAAUAAAAUCGAAUAUCUGUGAGAAAUCACCCAUUGCAUCGAUGAAAAUCUAUUAUGACCAACGAGAAGAAAAGUGAAAAAAGACAAGAGUUUGAGCGGCAGCAAGGAAAAAAGUGCGAGUUAAACGAUGGGACCGCCAGUUGGAGGGGGUGUACCGGAUACUUAUAACUAUGGCUACGAGGUAAGUCCAGACGGAAACUUUCACCACGAGCAUCGCGAUCAUAAUGGAGUAACGUACGGCUGUUACGGAUACAUCGACUCUAAGGGAAAGCUUUUCGUGACUCAUUUCAUCGCAGACCGAAAAGGCUACCGUGUUGUGGAACCGAACAAACCCCUCAAUGUCUAUCUGACCGACCGGAUAUCGUGGCAAGCGUUUCUGCUCCCUAAAGGAUGUGGACAAUCUUCGUCAAUUGUUUCUCAUCGUCCGCGACCGGAACUCAUAUACAAGCCACCUGGAGCCGUUAGUACGACUACUUCAACGACUAGGCGACCUUCAACAGCUAAACCAAUGGAUACUACAACCCACAAGCCUUCUCCUGUAUGCUCGUGCUCACAAUCAACCACGACGAACAAACCUUCAAUCUCAGACAUUCUGACCCCAAAACCUCCAUCAACAACUACCAUGAGAUCAACAACGGUUUCGACCACAACUGUCAGAACUUCCCAAGCCACAAGUCCGUCCACCACUGUCGCAGCUACUCAAGCUAGUACCACACCGAAUCCAACUACACCACCUCCAUCUAAACCAAUCAUCCCCACCAUCAUCGACAUCGAUGCCGAUGUCAACCUCCUGAGCCCUUCGCAGUACGUCCGACAGCCGAACAUAUCUUCGUUCGGUGAAGCGUCCAACAGUUCAACACCCCCUGCUUUCUACUACGUCCCGUACAGGUACCAUCUAAUGCCACCCCCAUGCGUCCCUUCGACAGCACCACCGGGCAGUUGCCACUCCCACUAUGGCUUCAUCGGAUUGGCUCCGGUUGUUUUCGUACCCAUUGGGGCGGCCAAAAGCCUAGGCUUACCGGCCGAUGACUUCGAAAGCGAUGCGAUCCCUUUGAGAAUGUUUGCCAAAGAUAGCGGUGGGAAUUUGACCCUCUCGGAGAUGCUAGAUGACGGGGGUGAAGUUAUUAGGUUGGAUCAUUCCGGUGUGCUUCAGGGGAUCGUCAAUGGUGGGGAUUUUGAAUCGCUGAAGCGGGGUAGUUGAGUUAUGUAGUAAGGAUUUUCUAUUGUGAUAUAUUGGCCUCACACAUUGAAAUGGACUGCUUCCUUCUAUUUCACGGAAUAAAGAUUUUUGACAUAAU